UUAUUCCUCAUGGCAUUUUCAAAGACUGAGGAUUACAGAAACUAACGACCUCAUUCUUACCAUCUAGUAGCUGCACAUCACAACGGAAGACAUUUUCUAUUUACUGCUACCUCCACCUUUCUGAGUAUCAGAACUACCUUUGGUGCAGCUUUUCCUCACUUCUAAUAUCUCUUCUCGUUCUCGAGACACAUCUUGGCCCAAUGAUCAUUCCCGUCAGGUGCUUCUCUUGCGGCAAGGUUGUUGGAGAUCUAUGGGAACGCUACCUACAGCUUCUAGAUGAAGGCAUACCAGACGGUGAUGCUAUGGAUCAGCUGGGCUGUAGAAGAUAUUGUUGUCGCAGGAUGAUCAUGACCCAUGUCGAUUUGAUCGAGAAACUUCUCAGGUAUAAUCCCACCGAGAGGGAUCGGGCGAAGUCUCAAAUAUGAAGCAAAUAUGAAGCGGUACCGAACACAUUCACAGCUCUCCAAAAAUGCCUGUUGCCUCGACCUUUUCCCGAUGACCUCCAUACAAUCCUUCUGGGAAUGGCGGCCCUGCUGCUCACUACUCUCGGUGGCUACAAAAAGAAAAGAGCUUUGCAAAAGGUUUUCUCUGUGUUAAUGUCAGUGGCGAUUGACUUUAGGCACUUCAAGCCCCUUCAUCUGUGGUUUCCCAAUAUUUCCUAGUGGUUUUCAGCGGUUCUCUUCAUUCUUGCACGAGCUCUUUCGGUCAUGUCGGCAGCUUUACAUGCGUAGUUUAUUAUCCCAUUCGGUUCUUUUGUCUGGUUUUGUUUUUGAGUCAUAGAAUUAUGCAGUGGCAAGGAACGCCUUCAGAAGCAGUUCAUUCAACUAAUGUAAUCAAGAUUGGUUAACUUAAUUUACAAGGCAAAGAGUGCCUUGCUCCUCACUCUGUAAGUUUAGUGUUCUCUUG